AUGGUGUUUUCUCUUCCUGAAGAUUUGUUGGCGUUGAUUCUCAUGGCGCCUUCGAAGCUCUUCGUCUUCGCUCUUUCCGUGGCCCUAAUUUUCGUCAUCGGGCGAGUGAAAUGGCGUUGUUGCCCUAAUCUUCGCUCUUUGAGAGAUAUAUUGGUAUUCCUUACGAGUCAAGAAGAAAUUGAAACGGUAGAAGAAAUCCUGAAACAUCGGAUGAGAGGUUUUGGUACUAAAAUAGCUGACUUAAUUAUAUGCCCGAUAUAUGCAAACUUGCCAACUGAACUACAAGCUAAAAUAUUUGAACCCACACCUGAAGGGGCUAGAAAGGUAGUCAUUGCCACUAAUAUUGCAGAAACAUCGUUAACAAUUGAUGGGAUUAAGUAUGUCAUUGAUCCAGGAUUCUAUAAGAUGAAAUGUUAUAAUCCAAGAACUGGAAUGAAGUCUUUACUGGUAACUCCCAUCUCAAAAGCUACAGCAAAGCAAAGAGUUGGUCGUUCUGGAAGGACAAGAUUUGUUGCUUCAGAAAAGUACAAAUGUUCUCACAAAAUUAUCUCCAUUGCUGCUAUGCUUUCUGUUGGCAACUCAAUAUUUUACUGA